AUGGCCCCCGUGAAUCUAGGCGCGUCGGCUUUCCUUCCGCGAGUCCAGCGGAAGAGAUUUGUAGCCAAGACUGCCGCCUUACCGCGUCGCGCUUCCAUUAGAGCGGAAGCGGACCGCUCCGCAGCAAGGGAGGUGGAAGUUUGCGAGACUGUCAAGCCCACCAGCUUGGUUGUUGCGGAGACUCCCGAUGUCGUCGCUGCCUCCGACUCUCCUCGUUCGCUCUUCGCCGUGGCGGCUCAGCAUUGCGCCAUCCUCCUCGCGGCUGGCGCGCUCGUCAUGUCGCCAGCUCUCGUUGCGGACGCGGCGCAAAGCGGCGGACGCGUGGGUGGUCAGUCGUUCCAAAGAUCUCGCGCCGCGCCGCCUCCGCCUCGUCAGCGGACACAGAUUAGAAGCAACACCAACAUAUACGUUGCUCCUCCCGUGACUGUGGCGCCGCCUAUCUAUGGAGGAGGGUUCUUCGCUCCUCCACCGUUUUUCGGUGGGUGGGGCUGGUCUCCCUUUACUGUGGUCACUCCGGGCCCCACUGUCGCCGUAGGAGUUGGGGGUGGUGGGUUGGGUUUCUUCUUUGAUUUCUUCAUCUUCUCCAUUAUUGCUGGUGUGCUGUUUAGCUUUGUGAGAGGUCUGUUUAGAAGGGAUGAUGACAGGUACUAG